AUGGCAUACGCCUACUUGUUCAAAUACAUCAUCAUCGGCGACACAGGCGUAGGCAAGUCAUGCUUACUACUCCAGUUCACCGACAAAAGGUUCCAGCCGGUACAUGAUCUCACAAUUGGUGUUGAGUUUGGUGCUCGCAUGAUUACCAUUGAUGGCAAGCAGAUCAAACUGCAGAUAUGGGAUACUGCUGGGCAGGAGGCUUUCAGAUCGAUCACACGAUCAUACUACAGGGGCGCGGCAGGGGCCCUGCUAGUGUACGACAUCACCAGACGGGACACAUUCAACCACCUCACCACUUGGCUUGAGGACGCACGUCAACACUCCAACUCAAAUAUGGUCAUUAUGCUGAUUGGCAACAAGAGUGACUUGGAAUCGCGACGUGAAGUAAAGAAGGAGGAAGGCGAGGCCUUCGCUCGUGAACAUGGCCUGGUGUUCAUGGAAACAUCAGCCAAGACUGCAGCCAACGUGGAGGAGGCGUUCAUCAACACUGCCAAAGAGAUUUACGAGAAAAUACAGGAAGGCGUAUUCGAUAUCAACAAUGAGGCAAACGGCAUCAAGAUUGGUCCCCAGCACUCGACGGCAGGUGGCGCGAGUGGCGCGGGCGGCGCGGGAGCGGGCGGGGCCGCGGGCGGAGGCUGUUGUUAG